AUGACACUCUUUUUUUAUGAGUUAUUGUUUAUAUCAUUUUUUCAUGCAGAGAAAACCUUUGGGAAUAUUGCAUGUGAUUACGGUAAUUAUAUAAAUAACAACAAUUGUAUUCUUUGUUCGGUUGGAAAUUACUGUCCAGAUGGUCUCAAUAUGCAUCCAUGUAAACCAGGAACAUAUUCUUCUGCAAAAGGAUCAACUCAAUGUGAAGUUUGCAAUGAAGGUUAUUAUUCAACAGAAGGAUCUUCUGUAUGUUCUAUUUGUGUUACUGAAACAUGUUCAUCAUGUAAUAACCAAAAUGGUAAUUGUCUUUCUUGUAAUCCCGGAAGUGGAUUUAUAUCAAACAAUAAAUGUGAAAAAUGUUUACCUGGCUAUUAUUCUACAGGAGGAACCUUUUCUUGCUCAUCAUGUCUUCCAAAUUAUUAUUCUUAUCUUGGAUCUUCAAGUUGUAUAGAGUGUGACUCUUAUUGUUUAUCUUGUAACAAAACAAAUGGAAAUUGUCUUUCUUGUUAUAAAGGAUCUCGAUUAUCCGAAGGCAGAUGCUUACCAUGCCAAGCAGGAACAUUUCAAAGUGGUAACAGUUGCUAUCCAUGUGGUGGUGAUAAUAGCUUUUCUCUUGUAAAUAGUACGGAGUGUACCAAAUGUACCAAUUGUACAACAUGUGAGAAAAAAACUGGAAAGUGUACAUCAUGUAAAGAAGGACACAUUUUAACAAAUGGUUUGUGUUUUAUUUGUGCAAGCGGCACAUUUUACAACGAAACGGGGAAAUUUUGUCAAAAAUGUGUUAUUGGAUCAUUUUCAUCUGAAGAAGGAAGUCUGAAAUGUGAAGAAUGUCCAAGUGGAUCUUAUUCUGAUAACGAGGGAGCAUCUCUAUGUACUGAUUGUGACGAUUCAUGCAGUGAAAAACAGUGUAAUAAAGAUAGUGGAUAUUGCAUUUCAUGUUUAGCAGGAAGUAUCAAUAAUUUCAAAACAUGUUUAAUUUGUAGUGGAGGGACAUUUGCAAAUGCAGAAACAAACACGUGUGAUUUUUGUCCGGCUGGAACGUAUUCAAAAGAUGGUUCGAUAGUGUGCGUCACAUGUGAAGAAAACAUGUAUUCAUUAGAAAAAUCAGAUAAGUGUACUCAUUGUAAUGAUAAAUGCAAAACAUGUAAUAAAACAAAUGGAAAAUGUGUGACCUGUGUUUCUGGUUAUAGUUUAGAUAUUUCUGGAAUUUGUAUUAUUUGUCCAAUUGGUACAUACUCUUUGGACUCUCAAUGUAUUGAAUGUGAUAAUGGCCAUUACCAAAACAAAGAAGGACAAAAUAUUUGUAUUCCUUGUAAUAUUUCAUGUUCUUCUUGUGGUAAAACAGAUGGAAAUUGUUUUGAUUGUAAACCUGGAUACGGUUUCAUUAAUGACAAAUGUUUGAUUUGUGAAGAUAAAGAAUACUCAGAGGGUGGUACUUCUCCGUGUACACCAUGUCCAAUUGUUUGUGAAAAUUGCAUUCGAGAAAGUGGAGUAUGUACUUCAUGUCAACCUGGAUACAAAGAGAUUACAAACAACGGAAAUAAAAACUGUGUUUCAUGUUCUUCAAAUGGUAAUUGUUUUUCUUGUGAUUCGAAUGAAAAUGAAUCACAACGAAAAUGUGUUGAAUGUUUGAGUGGAUAUUAUUUAGAUAACAACACGUGUUUGACUUGUUCAAAUAUAAGUUCUUGUGAAGACUGUUCAACAAUAGCCAAAGAGUGUUAUUCAUGUGCUAAUAAUUUGAUUACAGAUGGAACUCUCUGUGUAAUGUGCGAUGUAGGGAAAGUAAAAACAAACAAGAAAAUAUGUUCAGAAUGUUAUCUUGUCAUCAACAAUUGUCAACUUUGUGAAUAUAAUAAUGGGAAUCCAAAAUGUACAUUGUGUUUUUCUCCAUAUUUUAUUGAAAAUGGAAAAUGUGUUUUGUCAUAUUCAAAUUCAACUCAUUUUAAUUACGAAACAAAACACAAAACAAUUAAUGAUGAUGGGUGCAUACUUCAAGUAAACUCAUCAUGUUUUUCUUGCAAUAAAGAUAAUCAUCUACAUGAAGCAAAAUGCAAACCGAAAGAUAAUAAUUGCCAAAAAUACUCAAAAGCAACUUGUGAAAUGUGUGAAACAAAUGUCAUAACAACAAAUGGAAAUUGUUUAUUAAAUGGGGAGUGCAAAUAUCAACUGACUCAAAACGAGAACAUAAUUUGUUUAAUUUGUAACAAUAACACAGAUUGUGGAUUACAUGAUGCAAAUUGCCAAUAUACACAAAACGAGUUUUGUUAUUUGGCAAAUCCUAAUUAUUACACAACUUUUGACAAAUUUGGUCAAACCAAAUCAUGUGAAAAUGCACAAAUUUGUCGAUUGGAAAAUGGCAAAAUGGUUGAUUUUAGUUGCAAUGAAAUUUUUGUGUUAACUUCAAAUUUUAAAUGUGGAUCCGAUUCAAAGUGUAUGAUUAUAAAAGGAAGUGACUGUGUUGAAUGUACAAAAGAUACUCAUAUGAAUAACAGUAUAUGUAUUUCCAAUAAUAUUGAUUGCUCAAUACAAAACAAUAAUGUAUGUAUUUUAUGUAACAAUAAAAUAACAGUCGAAGGUAAAUGUAUUUCAAUUGAAUCUAUUCAAUGCAAAGAUUUUGGCGAUAAUAUUUGUAAAACAUGUAAAGAUAAUUAUUACAAAGGUGUUGAAACGUGUUUACCAAAGGAAGGGAAAUAUGAAAAUUGCCAAUUCGUUGAUAUAGUUACUGAAUCUUGUUUUGAGUGUACCAAACCAUAUCUUCUUGUCGAAAAACAAUGUGUAACACUAAGCGAAGAAAAUGAUACAACAAAUGUAAAUUCGUCUUCAAAAACAACGACUGAAUAUGACGACAACUGUGUUGAAAGAAGUUCAAAGGGGUGUUUUAGAUGUUCUGAUGGAUAUUAUUUAAUAAAUUCUAGUUGCCAACCGUGUCUAGCUCCUUGUACUUUUUGUUCCAAUGAAACAUAUUGUACCAAAUGUAAUAAAUAUUCGUAUGCGGCAAAUGGUAAAUGCUUUGAAAUAAAUGAAUUGUUAAGUGUUUGUGAAAAAAUGAUGUCAACAUAUGAUGGGUGUGUUGUGUGUAAAAGUGGGUAUAUGCGAUCUUCAGAUGGCAAGAAAUGUGAAAAGUGUGACAUAUCGUGUAAAACUUGCUUAAAUGAUGGGGAUUGUUUGGUUUGUAAUGACACGUAUUACAGAACACCAAAUAAUAUAACAAAAUAUUGCAGUCCACAAGAUGAACUUACAAAUUGUUUAAAUAAAACGACAAAUGGGUGUACGCAAUGCGAAAAUGGGUUUGCAUUGAAAGACAAUUUGUGUCGAAAGUGUGGUGAUAAUUGCACUACAUGUGAUGAAUAUUUUGAUUGUUCCAAAUGCGAAAAUGACACUAUUUUAAUUAAUAAUAAAUGUGUUCAUUACUCACAAAUAAGUAAUUGUAUAUCAUCGGAUGAUUCUGUUUGUUCAAAGUGUUCAGAUGGUUAUAAAUUGAGUAGCGACAAACUUGAAUGUGCCAAAAUAUUUAAUUAUGGGCUGGUAAUAAUAUUACCAAUUGUUUCUGCUGUGGCAAUACUAUUUUUUAUUAUCUUAUUGAUAACAAUUGUUUUAAUCAUAUUUAACAAGAAGAAAGAAAAAACGUUAACAGAAAAUAUUUGUAUUUUCAAGAUGAACCGUUCUAAUAUAAUAAUGACAAAAAUUGGUGACGAAAUUCUUUCAAACAAACAAGCAAUAUCUUUUGGAGAACAAAACGAAGAAAUUGGAAUUGCAGUUGAAAGCCGUGAACUUAUCUGUGUUGGGAAUGGUUCAAAAAGUCAUUUAAAAGUGCAAAUCUCAACAAAAACAAGUGCAAAUAAAUACACAAUAAGAACCGAACCAAAAAUAAUCACUCUUAAAAGUGGUUUUGCAUGUGAAUUUGAAAUAUUUUUAACACCUCUUUGCACUAUGCAUUUAGUAGAUGAAAUAGUUUUGGUUGCUCUUGAUUUGACAACUGGUAAACAAAACACGACUUCAAUCAAAAUAACAGCGCAAACAAAGAACUCAACAAGACUUGAUUAUGAUGAAAUAAUAGAAGAAAAGAAACUUGGCGAGGGUUCAUUUGGAAUUGUAUACAAAGGGAGUUAUCGGGGAAAUACGGUGGCAAUAAAGAAGAUGAAACAGUUAUCAAAUGAAGAGUGUGAACUUUCUGAAUUUGAUAAUGAAAUCAACAUGUUAGACAAAUUCAGGAGUGAGUAUAUUGUCCACUUUUUUGGUGCUGUUUUAAUACCAAACAAGAUCUGUAUGGUCACUGAAUUUGCACAAUAUGGAAGUUUGGCAGAUUUAAUUAAAAAUAGUAAUGAAGAACAAAUUGAAAUGAAUGUGCGAAUAAAAAUGAUAUUAGACUCUGCUAAAGGAAUUACGUAUUUACAUGAAAAUGGGAUAUUACACAGAGAUAUUAAACCAGAUAAUAUCUUGGUGUUUUCGUUUGACUUAAAUGAAAGGGUGAUUGCAAAGUUAACAGACUUUGGGAGUGCUAGAAAUAUAAAUUUAUUGAUGACUAACAUGACAUUUACCAAAGGUAUCGGAACACCAAAAUACAUGGCUCCUGAAAUUUUAAAACAAGAAAAAUACACCAAAAGCUCGGAUGUGUAUUCAUUUGCAAUAACGAUGUAUGAAGUGUUUGGGUGGUGUGAUGUUUAUCCAAAAGAAAUAUUUAAAUACCCAUGGAAAAUAGCAGAUUUUGUUGUUAUUGGGAAACGUGUUGAUAAAAAGGAAAGCAUUCCUGAUAAUAUGUUUGAGAUAAUUCGAAACUGUUGGAAACAAAAUAAAAAUGAAAGAAUUCAAAUAAAAGAAAUUACAAAUAUACUUGAGAGAAGUUUUUCAAAUAAAUAA